UCCCCUCUCCAGGCGAGGCUCAUUGCAGGGGAGUCAGAAAUACUUCAAGUCUCCUGCUCUCUGCGCUGGAAGGAAACUGAAGUUUUCCGUUUCCCCUCCGCUCCGUGCAGUUGCACAUGGCUUCUGAGAGGGCUGCUCCCCUCAGCUGCCCAGGAGCAGGCAAGGCCAGGCAUGUGAUGUGCGUUUAUUCCUAGGCAGUGCUGCUAACUUUGCAGUGGGAGGUCCGGUCUCUCCAGUCCAGACUUAGACCGACGCCUGUUAACUGUGGGGCCUGGAGUAGCUCCCCUGGCCCGACCCCACCCACUGUGGCUCAGCUGAUUUGUGCCUGGGUGCCCAGCCGUGGCCGUUGGAAUUGGGGUGAGUAAACUGCGUGGGAUGCAAGAGUCGGAGCGGAGGCUUGAACGUGGAGGGGUUUCGCCUUGAGCAACAUGAUGUUCCCCGGAAGAGGGCACCCAAAUAGUUUCUUCCAUCCCUGCCCUCAGGAUAUCAGCCCCUCCGCCUACCCUGCUGACUUUCUCAGGGAUGACGAGGGCAUGGGGUGGGCGCCCCAGGACCAUCAGGAGGCAGCCAGCUGGGAUUACCGACACGGGAGACGCGAGGAAGGCUUCAGGGACAGGUGGCACUCGCCCUUUUCCCGAGACAUCGAACCCUACCCCGCUGACUUUUACGGGGGUGACAAGGGCAGGUGCUGGGCACCCCAGGACCAUCAGCAGCCAGCCAGGUGGGAGAACCAACCCAGGAGGCACGAGGAAGGCUUCAGGGGUGGUUGGCACUCGCCCUUUUCCCGAGACAUUGAACCCUACCCUGCUGACUUUUACGGGGGUGACAGCGGUGGAUGCUGGGCACCCCAGGACCAUCAGCAGCCAGCCAGGUGGGAGAACCAACCUGGGAGACAUGAGGAUGGUUUCAGGGAUGAGUGGCACUCGGCCACGCCACCUAACCAGCACUGCCCGGAGUCAGUAUUGAGGGAGGAACAUGGCAACUCCUGGGACAGGGAGCAAGACUUCUUCCCCAGGAAGUACUGUGGCCGCGGCUGGAAGCAUCACCGUGGUCCUUUCCGAGGCGGCUACCGAGGGAAAUUCACCCCUCACUACCACCGCUUUCAGUCUUACUCCUCCAGAGAAAAAUUCAAGUCAUCCAGGUCGUCGGCCUCCCGCUCCCCAGAGAGAUGCUUGGUGUCCAGUAGAAAGAAAAGUGUUUCUUCUAAGACAGAGAAAGCGAAAUCAGCAGCGCCCAAAAAACCUGGAAAAUCCAAGAAAGACUCUGCAGCUCCAGUGAAAGAACCCAAACCGCCCCAGGUCCAGCUGGACGCUAGCCAGACAGCCACAGACCCUUCCAGCCAAGCCGGCUCUGCGCUGGAUACUGAACCCCCAGCUUCACCCGAAACCACAGAGGAUCUUCAUCCCUUGGGAACGGAAGGAAUUGAGCUGGUCCAGCUGGGGGCCGGUCUGGAGGCUGCAGACAAUCACAGCCAGGCCUGCUGCAUUCUGGCAACUGACUCAGUCCUGGCUGACACCCCGAAGGAUCUUUGUCUCCCGGAGGAAGAAAUCAAGCUGGUCCAGUUGGAAGCCAGCCACGAAGCCACAGAUGAUCCCAGCCAGACCGGCUCUGAUCUGGCUGAUGAGCCCCUAGCCUCACCUGAAACUACAGAGGAGCAUCAUCCCAUCAGAACAGAAGAUACUGAGAUGCUCCAGCUGGAAGACAACCUGAAGGCCCCAGAUCUUCUCAGCCAGGCUGUCUCUGCUGUAGCUGCUUUACCUCCAGUCUGGUCUGAGAUCACAGAGGAGCUGCCUCCCGUGGGAAAGGAAGAAAUUGAGCUGGAGCAGCUGGCCACUCAUCAGGAGGACGCAGGCUAUCCUUACCAGGCCUGCUCUGCUCUGGCUACCCCAGCAGAGACCAUGCAGUACCUUCGUUCUGCUGCCAUACUGGCCAGAAAGGAAGAAAUUGAGCUGUCCUACCAGCAAUCCAGCCUGGCCUUUGCUGUGGUGGCCACCAUGCUGCUGCACAAGGAGCCCUCCAUGGAGGCGGCGAUGGGGUCUGCGCUGCGGGCCAACCUGCGGCAGGUCGGGGGCCACUGCCUGCGGGAGCUGGAGCACUUCAUUAGCAGCUACGACUCGGGCUCCACCCACUCAUGAGAGGCGGCACAGCGGGAGACAUCUGCUCCGGCUCUGAGCCUGAUGAGGCGGGAGGAGCGCUGCUGGGGAUUGGGGCUGAAGCCCCAGCAGUGAUUCUGGCUGGGAUGAGAAACCAGCAGCUGUGGACUUGUGCAGCUGCAGCUGGAGACGAUGGAGUGGGAGCAGAGUCCCAGCGUGGAGGGCUGCAGUCCUGGUGCUGAUGCUGGACAAUGGCAUGGAACGGGAAAGGGGCUGUUGGCUUGACAUGGUGGGGAGGGUUAGUAAUUUGGGAAGGGAGGGAAGGGGAGGGAAGGAGACGCCUAGGGGAGGGCUGAGCCGUGCUAGGGCCGAAGGAGUCAGUAACCGUGGGGAUGGAUAAGUGGUGCCAGGGGCUGGGUACGGGGAUUGUUGGGUGGGGCUGACUGAAGCCAACACUGUGAGUGAUAGGCGACAGCCUCCUCAGAAGAACACUUGCAGCAGUUUCACCCGACCAGGAUCGGGGCCCCUGAGCCUCAUGGUUUCAUUGAAGGAGAGGAGUCCCUGAAAGUCCCUGCUUGUCUUCCCUGAACUUUGAAAUGUGUGUGCGUUUGUGGAGAAAAUUGUUUUAACUCUGAAAAAUAAAAUGGCAGGUGGCGGGCAGAGUGCCCCCUGCAGCUGCCCCUGUGCCAUCA